AUGAUCACUGGCACGGACUUCUACCACGUCAUGACGGCGAUGGUGCCGCUGUACGUGGCGAUGAUGCUCGCGUACGGCUCCGUCAAGUGGUGGCGCAUCUUCACGCCGGACCAGUGCUCCGGGAUCAACCGCUUCGUGGCGCUCUUCGCCGUGCCGCUGCUCUCCUUCCACUUCAUCUCCACCAACAACCCCUACACCAUGAACCUCCGCUUCAUCGCCGCCGACACGCUGCAGAAGCUCAUCGUGCUCGCGCUGCUCACCCUCUGGAGCCACCUCUCCCGCAACGGCUCCCUCGAGUGGACCAUCACGCUCUUCUCCCUCUCCACGCUGCCCAACACCCUCGUCAUGGGCAUCCCGCUCCUCAAGGGCAUGUACGGCGACGAGUCCGGCAGCCUGAUGGUGCAGAUCGUGGUGCUCCAGUGCAUCAUCUGGUACACGCUCAUGCUCUUCAUGUUCGAGUACCGCGGCGCCAGGAUCCUCAUCACCGAGCAGUUCCCCGACACCGCCGGCGCCAUCGCCUCCAUCGCCGUCGACCCCGACGUCAUGUCGCUCGACGGCAGGAGGGACAUGAUCGAGACGGAGGCGGAGGUGAAGGAGGACGGCAAGAUUCACGUCACCGUGCGCCGCUCCAACGCCUCCCGCUCCGACAUCUACUCGCGCCGCUCCAUGGGGUUCUCCAGCACCACGCCGCGCCCCAGCAACCUCACCAACGCCGAGAUCUACUCGCUGCAGUCGUCGCGGAACCCCACGCCUCGGGGCUCCAGCUUCAACCACACCGACUUCUACUCCAUGGUGGGCCGCAGCUCCAACUUCGCCGCCGGGGACGCGUUCGGCCCGGUGGUGCGCACCGGGGCCACGCCGCGCCCGUCCAACUACGAGGAGGACAAGGCCGGCAACAACAACAACAACAGCAAGUACGGGCAGUAUCCGGCGCCCAACCCCGCGAUGGCGGCGCCGCAGAAGCCGGCCAAGAAGGCGGCCAACGGGCAGGCCAAGGGAGAGGACGGCAAGGACCUGCACAUGUUCGUGUGGAGCUCCAGCGCGUCGCCAGUCUCCGACGUGUUCGGCAACGGCACCGAGGCGUACAACGACGCCGCCGCCAAGGACGUCCGCGUGGCCGCCGCCUCGCCGCGCAAAGCGGACGGCGUGGAGCGUGACGAGUUCAGCUUCGGGAACAAGGAGAGGGACGCGGAGGCCGGCGACGAGAAGGCCGCGGCGGAGCAGGGCACCGCGGGCCUGGUGGCGGCGCCCACGGUGAUGCCGCCGACCAGCGUGAUGACCCGCCUCAUCCUCAUCAUGGUGUGGCGCAAGCUCAUCCGCAACCCCAACACCUACUCCAGCCUCAUCGGCCUCAUCUGGUCCCUCGUCUGCUUCCGGUGGAACUUCGUGAUGCCGGCGAUCAUCAUGAAGUCCAUCGCCAUCCUGUCCGACGCCGGCCUCGGCAUGGCCAUGUUCAGCCUCGGGCUGUUCAUGGCGCUGCAGCCGCGGAUCAUCGCGUGCGGGAACAAGCGGGCGACGUUCGCCAUGGCCGUGCGGUUCCUGACGGGCCCGGCCGUCAUGGCCGCCGCCUCCAUCGCCGUCGGCCUCCGCGGCACCCUCCUCCACAUCGCCAUCGUGCAGCAGCGCUGCCCCAGGGCAUUGUCCCCUUCGUCUUCGCCAAGGAGUACAGCGUGCACCCCGACAUCCUCAGCACGGCUGUCAUCUUCGGCAUGCUCAUCGCGCUGCCCAUCACGCUCGUCUACUACAUCCUGCUGGGGCUGUGAGCUAGCGGGGACACGGCCGGGCCGCAACCGUGCAUGCCGGCGUGGCGUAGGAGACAGACGGACAGAGGAGGGGACAUGGGGGGCUGCAGCGGCUCCACGCGCCUGCCGGGGACAUGAUGCGUGCUUGUGCAUGCCGGAGGCUAAUUACUAG